ACGCGUCGUCGCCGCCGUGUGCCGGCAACGCAGCCGGCGCGAUCCCGUAUUUAGUUCGCUAUCGCCCGGCUGCUCGCACGUUCGUACGUACUUUGGCACGCACACUCGUGUGAUCUGAUCGCGUUCGCGAGUACAACCGCACUCUCGUCGUUCACAUCCCGUCGCCCUCGUGGAGUGCGUCGCGUGUCUCUCGCGGCCGCGACAUUGGAUUCGCAACUUGGGAUCUUCGGCAAUGGCCGCGGCCAUGGACCGUAAUUAUUAUGACGGCUUUCGCACGUUUUCCUGGCUCGCGGAUCUCGUCGGGUUGCCGAUCGAUCAGCUAAAUUUCGUCUUGACGCAAUUCACUGCGCUUAUACUAGCCGGAUUAUUAAGAACGUCUUUGAGGUCCAUCAUCGCUACUCCAGCUGCCAGACAUGUUUAUGGUCUCACUAUUGGCCUUGCACUUGGAUAUUUUUGUUUUGGCAGACAAGCGAUUCAUCUUGCUGGUCUUCCCGCACUGUGUUAUGUAGCGAUGCGCACGCAAAGUCCUCGCAGUAUGCAGAGGGUCGUCUUCGUAAUAGCGCUGAUCUACUUAUCGUUCAUUCACUUUCACCGACAGAUCUACGAUUAUGGCUCGUACACGCUCGAUAUCACCGGUCCUCUCAUGGUCAUAACGCAGAAAGUAACUAGUUUAGCGUACAGCGUUCACGAUGGGCUUACACGGCGCGCGGAGGAGCUAACACCGAUGCAACGUCAUCAGGCUGUGCAGAAGAUGCCAACUAUUUUGGAAUACUUUAGCUAUAUUUUCCACUUUCAAGCCCUAAUGGCGGGACCAGUGAUAUUUUAUCGCGAUUACAUCGACUUUAUACACGGGCAACACAUACCUGGCACAAGAACCGGCUUGUACGACAGCCGGAAGAAAGAGAUUGUUCUGGAGCCAUCGCCAACGUGGGUCGUCGUAAAGAAAGUCGCAGCGAGUUUAACGUGCGCCCUCAUAUUCAUCACAUUCAUCCCGGCCUUCCCGAUACAGCAGCUAAAAGAGAAGGAAUUCCUCGAAGACACAAGUAUGCUCUACAAGAUAUGGUACUUGAUGCUGACAACCAUGCUCGCGCGUUUCAAGUACUAUCACGCCUGGUUGUUCGCCGAUGCCAUAUGCAACAAUUCCGGCCUCGGGUUCAGCGGCUACGACGAGCGUGGCAAUCCACUCUGGGACGCAGUGUCCAACGUCGACGUUUACAAGUUUGAGACCUCGCUUAAUCUUAGGGAGGCCAUCGAGAGCUGGAACAAAGGCACAAAUUUGUGGCUGCGAUUAGUCAUGCACGAGCGGGCUGGUCGUAACAAGGUGCUAUACACGUACGCCCUCUCCGCUGUCUGGCACGGUUUUUAUCCCGGCUAUUAUCUCACGUUCGUGAGCGGAGCGUUCUUCACAUUUGCGGCACGUUCGGUUCGUCGUUACGUCCGGCCGUUGUUCUUGGAGUCGCAACGGAAGAAAACGUUUUACGACAUACUGACGUUUAUCGUGACGAGACUCGUGAUGGCCUAUAUGACGUUUAGUUUUAUACUGCUGGAAUUCGUGCCGAGCAUCAAAGUGUACCUGUAUUUGUACCUGCUUCCGCAUUUGUUGGGUUUGGUCGCGUUAUUACUUCCACCGCGUCUGGGGUUAUCGCGAAAGACGCACAGCUCGCCAGCCGCGAGCACCGAGACUGAUCACUCUGAGGCGGUCAGCAACGGAAAUGCGCACAGAAUGAUGUAGUCUUCUAAUCCGCGACAUUACGAAAGACAGAUAUUUUUUAUAUAUAUAUGGAUGUUUUUAAUAUAUAUUAUAUAAAUGUAAAAAAAGUGUACAAUGUACAAUAUUUCUUGUUACAACGCAUUACAAGUGUGAAAGUCUAUCAAUAAUGUGCGACCGUAUGCACAUUUCGUUCAUGUAAAACUACACUACACGAAACACGAAACUAACAUGUCGUUUUUUAUAUGUGGCAAAUCAGGAAUUUUAUAAUUCGCCUAAAUAUAUGGCCGUUUUAUCUA